CCGCUCAAGGCCGCGUCGCGGAGCAGCGUUAAAGCGCUGGUGCCGGGGGCCUGCCCCUGGCGGGUCUCGCCGUCGGCUCAACACCGGCGUUCGCCGGGCUGGAGCGCUCCCGAAAACUGGCGCACAGCAAACCUGCUUAGUAGUAUGUCAGCUAACGCAAUCCAGGGCCGGGUGCUUCGUAGGGACUUCACAGCCACAGGGGUGCCCGUCGCUGCAGUGCAGUAUGCGCCGUGCUGUGCGCGGACAUUGUGUUCCUUGACCAAGGUGGCAGGAGGCCGGAGCAGGGGAGAGAACAGUGCGGGGAGAUUCGUCAUCGAACAUAGGCUUCGUGAAUAGUCUGUUGGGUUGUGCUGCAGAUCUGCAACAUGGAAAAGCAAGUGCUUCAGUCCUCAGAGGAGCGAACGUUUCAGUACCAAGAUUCUCUGCCUUCCCUGCCAGUACCUCCUCUUGAUGAAUCUCUGAGUAAAUAUCUUGAUGCAGUGAAGCCAUUUCUAAAUCAAGAAGAAUAUCAAAGAACCGAGAAUAUAGUUAAAAAAUUUGAAAAUGGCAUUGGAAAAGGGUUGCAUCAGAAAUUACUGGAAAGAGCUAAAAUGAGAAGGAAUUGGCUGGAGGACUGGUGGCUUAAUGUGGCUUAUCUUGAUCUUCGCAUCUCAACACAAAUACACUGUAACAUGGGAGGCCCUGGUCCAUAUAUUGAACACUGCUGGCCUCCAAAAGAGGGCACUCAGAUAGACAGAGCAUGUAUAAAUAUAUGGCACACCCUGAAAUACUGGGAUCUAUUACGAACAGAGAAGGUUGCCAUAGAGAGAUCUGGGAAUGCUGUUCUGGACAUGAACCAAUUUCGAAUGCUCUUCUGCACUUGCAAGAUUCCUGGACUUACCAGAGACUCUCUUGGCAGUUAUUUUAAAACUGAGGCUGAAGGUGAAUGCCCAUCUCACUUGAUAGUCCUGUGUCGAGGUCGAGUAUUUGAAUUUGAUGCCUUGCAUGAAGGCAGCAUGCUGACUCCUCCAGAGAUUCUCAGGCAACUUACAUGUAUACAGGAGAGAUGCUAUAGUGAACCAGAUGGACCAGGACUGGCAGCCCUAACAAGCAAUGAAAGGACCAAAUGGGCAGAGUUACGGGAAUAUUUGAUUCAUCUUGAUCCAAAGAACUUAACUCUUCUGGAAAAAAUUCAGAGAAGUUUGUUUGUGGUUGGCCUUGAUGAUUCUAGUCCCCAUGCAACUCCUGAGGACUACACUGAGCUUACAAGGCUGGGGCUAGCAGGUGAUCCAACCGUGCGCUGGGGAGAUAAAUCCUACAACAGCAUAUUCUUUUCCAAUGGAACCUGUAGUGCAUUCUGUGAUCAUUCUCCUUUUGAUGCUAUGGCUUUAAUUACCAUGUUAUCUUAUGCUGAAAAGAAGAUUAUUGAAAAUGAGGGAAAAUGGAAGGGAUCAGAUAAUGUGAGGGAUAUUCCACGGCCAGAGGAACUUGUAUUCACAGUGGAUCCAAAAAUUAUAGAUGAAAUUGGAUAUACUAAAGAAUUGUAUUACAAGAAGGUAUCUGACGUGCAGCUGGUGUCUUACGCCUUCACAUCCUUCGGCAAAGCAUUGAUUAGAAAGAGGAAACUUCAUCCCGAUACAUUUGUGCAGCUUGCCCUUCAGCUGGCCUAUUACAAAUGCCAUGGACAUCCGGGCUGCUGUUAUGAAACUGCCAUGACCAGGCGCUUCUAUCAUGGCCGCACAGAGACCGUAAGACCAUGUACUGUGGAAGCAGUGGAAUGGUGCAAGUCAAUGCUGGAUCCUUCUGCCAGUAAUUAUCAACGGCUACAACUGAUGCAUAAGGCAUUUGCAAAGCACAAUAAAAUGAGGAAAGAAUGUGAAAAUGGAAAAGGCUUUGAUCGUCAUCUUCUGGGUCUCCUGCUCACAGCACAGGAGCAAGGACUGCCGGUGCCAGAACUGUAUGAGGAUAAGGCCUUCACAGCCAGUGGAGGAGGUGGGAAUUUUGUCCUUUCAACUAGUCUGACUGGCUACACUAGGUUUAGUGGAUCUGCACUUCCUAUGGUACAACAUGGCUAUGGCUUUUUUUAUUCAAUUAGAGAUGACAGGAUCAUCUGUAACUGUUCUUCUUGGAAAUCCUGUCCUGAGACUGAUGCAGAAGUGCUGUGCAGAACUCUGUUCCAGUGCUUUCAUGAUGUGCUGCAGUUAACAGUUACAGCUCAGCUGUAAGCUCAGGAAUGACGUAAGAGGCUUUGCAAGCUCAAAGUUGUAUGUAUUACUUAAAAAUGAAAUGCUUCUCGAGAGUACUGUUAUAUUCAAGACAUUUAAUGAUCUAUGUGACAUGUAUCUAUUUUUAUGAGAUUUACUGUGGUAACAGUACCCAUUUAAGAAUAAUGUAGCCAUUUGCAACAGCAAUGCAAGCAGUAGUACCUUAUCUGUGUAGAACUAUGCAAUGUUAAAAUAUGCCACAACAAUGCAAAUAUACUUAGGGAUGGGGUGUUGGAGUGGGAAAUUGAUGGGAGACCUUAGUAGUCACGUGUAGAAUUGUUUGUAGUCUACUGAUAGUGUUUAUGCCAGUGGAGCACUUAACUUUGUACUUAAAAGUAACCACACUAUCCUCUUAUGUGAUUAUGCUUCCUGUUCAGAGUGGUUAAUGAAACAGAAGGGCUGCCUCCAUCAGGUUAUGUGGUAUUCUGUAAGUUACCUUUCAUUUUUUGCCAUCAGGAUUGUACCAAAUAAAUGUUGUAUCCAUGAACGGGGAUGUUCCCACUACCUUUGUAAUAUGAGAGCACUACAGUUCGAAGUACUUUGAGAAAGAAUCACUCGAUAAUAAAGACAGAAAGCAGCAUGAGUUUCAGAUUUCUCAGUCUUUGUUCUCUAGUGAACUGUGAAUAUCUGCUGCUUUACACUAAUAAUGCACAAUAGAAGUAAGCACUGAAUACAGUUUGAUAUGGUUCUCAGGAUUUUAAUACUUGAUUCCUCUGAGCAACUUUGUAUGUUUCUGCUAUAGAAAUAAAACUUUCUAAAAAUCA